CUGCUGUCUAGCAACGGUGUGACUGCAUGUUGGAAUGUCAAUUUACUUGCCUCCCAUCGCAUCAAAGAAAGCGGCGUUCCUCAUCAAUUCAACGUGUCAAGCAUUAGGCAGUGCACCAGAGAAAGAAGAUACUACAAGAAAGUCACGUGAGGGGUCUGUCUACAACAAUUCACAUAUUUAUCGAAGACAAUUUGAUAAGAAAGGACGAGAGCUAAGACAUAAACCUCACGGAGAGAAAACUGGCUAUAUCUGUCAGAAUCCGAGGUUUGUGUGUGAACCUGUUUGUCACGUGUCGACUGUAAAUUGUCCUGCAGAGCAGUGGUGGCCUCAAGGAUUUGAUAGAACACCGACCAAACAACCAAAUUAUAGUUUAGAUUCAACGGCUAGAUCAGACUUCUUGUGGCCAUUUGAUAAACCCGAGGUCACUCCCACUCGGCAUGGAUCUAAUUCAAGUUACAAGCAUGUAGCUUCGGGCAUUGUUCCUGGUCUAAAGGACAGUCGGUCACAUGGUUGUCUCUAUUGUGAAUUCAUCUCUUAUCAUCAUCAGUAUGAUAGCAGGAAAGACCCUACACAACCAAUGAGGGGCAAGCUUCAUGGUAGUUUUGUGUGGACGCCAGUGACAUCUCAACCACUUGAACAACCAAAUCAGAAAGAAAACCAAGUCCAAAUUUUAUCAUAGAGCAGCUACGUGAUGCACGACACAAGAUACUGUUAAUAUACUG